CCCAGCGCCGCUCGCACCUACAUUCCACUCGGUUUUGCACUCAGAGUGAAGGUUCAAUUUACAAGCCAGGAAGAGAUGGACGGGCCGGACGUGGACGAGAGUGUGACGCCGCUUAUCACUUUCUACUGCUUCUCACCGCGCAGCAUGUACGAGUGCUGCGACCUGCCGCUGCCGUCGCCGCCGCCGCCGCCGCUCAAGCCGACGCCGCCCGGGUUCCUCCAUGCAUCCCGGCUCGUCGACGCAAUGGAGUCACUGGACACGACGUCCGGGGGCAUGGUGCGCAAGGUGCUCCUCAAGCUCAAGGAGCGGUCGGUCGAGCCAUUCCCGCUCGACGACUGGCUCUACUACUGCGAGCACUGCGCUAAGUACACGACGCACACGACCUCGAAUCACAUUUGCCACCACUGCCAUGCGAUGGACGCGCACAAGAGCGAGGCGUGCCCCAAGGUCCGCGACCGCUUUUGCUCAUUCUGUGCAUCCAUGGCGACGCGCGAGCCGUCUGCGCACAGCAGCGCCGACCACCUCUGCUUCCACUGCCACGCGCGCGGGCAGCACCUCACGUGCCUCCUGCCGGCCGCGCCGACAAAGGCGUUUACGCAGGCCUCGUCGUGGUUCCAUCGGGCGCCGUACUGCAACUUUUGCGAAAAGACAGCGUCCCACGACACCUACAUGCACGUGUGCCGGCUCUGCAAGCAAGUCGGCGACCACCGAUCGACCGACUGCCCGAGCGCGCGGGCGCCAUGUGAUUUCUGCGCCGCCACUUCCCACGCGACGGCGGAGCACAUGUGCCACCACUGCAAGCAAGUCGGGGACCACCGCGGUUUGCACUGCACGCAUCAUAGCACGCCCGGCUUUUUUCCCAAGAAGCUCAAUGACAUGGAAGCCAAGCUCCGGUGGACCUUGGCCAGCAUGGGCUUGUGGAGCGGCGGGUCCCAAACGCCGUUGACGACGCCACGGCACUUGUCGCACCCGUCGCCGCAUGCCGAGCCGUCGACACUGAGCGCAACGACGUACGUGCUCUCGUACAUGGAGGGCCAGUCGAUCGUUCCGGCCCGCGUCCUCAAGUACAUGCGGCUGCUCAUGCACCACGACGUGCCGACCAAUGCAUUUGACGUCGUUGUCCGCAUCGACAUUUGGGAAAUGAAGCGGCCGGGGAUGGUGAGUCCGCAGUCGUUUCCGGCGACGCCAAAGUUGCGCUCGACGCACCACACGCGCAUGAACGCGUACACGGAGAGCGUCCUGAGAGGCGCUCGCGUCAAACUCGAAGGUCUCAUUCGCCAACAGUACGGCGACGCGGCCCUUCGGUGACCCGAUUUUCUUUUGUCAGGUUGCCAUGUACUAGUAUAUUAAGACUAUCAAUACCACAGCAUCACACAUCGAUGGUGUCACUCGG